UACUUGGAAAAUAGUUUUCAAUCUCACGGUCAAUUCUAGUCUAUAUAAAUUGUACAACAACAAAAACAUAGUCUUUGCCGUCUAUGCGCUUCGUGUAGGCGAUUUUAAUAUUAAAGAGUUUAGAACGAUAAAGAUGCGCUUCUAUCUUUUAUUCGGUAUAAUAGUAACCACUGCGUAUAGUGCUCCGACAGACGAAUCUCAAGCAACGAUCUUGACUUACGAAUAUAAUAAUGAUGGAAGUGGAAACUAUAACUUCAGAUAUACUACAUCUAAUGGGAUAUCGCGUCAAGAGACGGGAACACUUGUGAAUGAGGGUUUGACGAAUGAACAUAUUGAAGUGAGAGGUUCAUAUUCUUAUAUACAGCCUGAUGGUCGGUUGGAAACUGUCGAGUACACUGCUGAUGAAAAUGGUUUUAAAUACUCCAAAGAAAUUCCAUUUGCAAUAAAUGUAGAGCAAGGAGUUCCUCAUGCGGUCGUGGAAAGUCUUCUUGGAAAGUAGUUAUAAGUGUACAUAUUUUUUUAUUUGGUUGUAAUUGAAAGACAAAUUAGUUUUAUAAUUUCAUAAUUAUAGAAUAUUUUAAAAUAUA